AUGGACGACUUCAUGAAAUAUGCCAACUUUAGUGCACCCUUUUUUGGGGCAAGCAUGUGGCAAGAAGCCAUGCAGAAUCAAUGUUUGUCACAAUUGCGACGAUAUGGUGUCAAAUGGGUAUUGACCCUAGAUGUGGACGAGUUUGUGGAAAUUCGUGGUGACGAGUCCUCGAGACAAGAAGAAGAAUAUCCAUUGCGAUCAUUCUUGGCACAAUAUUAUGACCAAGACAACAACGACGGCGACGAUGAUGAUGGAAAUAUCCAAGAAACUAAAGAGACAAACGACAACAACAAGGCGAACGAGAAGGCAAACAAUAAGGGACAAAAAGUCAAGCCCAUUGGAGCAUUGCGUAUGAGGUCGGUCCCCUUUCCUACCAAUCGAAAAUUCAAUCUACCCACAUUUCGCCCCCCUACCGCAUGGCCAUGGAUCAUGUACAUCGGAGUCCAUUGGUGUCGAAGGUACAGCCAUGGAGCCAUUUCCAAAAGUUUGAAUGCAUUCCAUGAGGUUAUGUUGCAUCACAUUCGAGCAGCCACCGGUGACGAAUAUUGGUUGGAAUAUAAAAAGAGUGGAGGAAAGGGAAUGGUGAAAGAUUCCACGAUGGCCGAACAACAUCGCAUUCAAGUGUGUCACGAUAUGAUCAUGAUCCAUGGUCCAUUUGCGGCUUUUGUAAAACAUCUGGAUGAAGCCAAAUGCAACGAUUGGCCACCACCCAAGUCUGGUAUGAACGAAUAA